AUGCUGGAGCUGCAUUUCGAGAAUUAUCCUGAGGCGUUACACCAUCUGCAAUUGGCAGUAAAAUUCGACCCGAGUGAUGUGAUUGGUUCACAUGGCCGACUAGCAUCGCUCACUCACUUCCUCUCUAACGUCAGCUCGGGUGUUCAGAAUGCAGGUGGUUUGCGGGCAAAGCGAGUGGCUGAGUUCAAAACAUCACUUCCUGCGUCUUCAUCAUCAGUAAACCCCUUUACUGACCAUCGUACUGUAUCAGUAUUUGAGGAGAUCAGCGCAGGCCAUAAUGACGGGAUCGCUGUUGUAGCCAAAGUUGUAUCGACCAUUGUGCAUGAUGAAGGUGUCCCUGUUGCAUCAAUUAUUAUGGACAGUGCAGGAGAAUGUAUAGCACUUUGCGUCUACAACUGUGCCCCAUCAUUCUCAUUUUUCAUCGGUGACACUGUUGCCAUUGCUGAUCCUCACGUUGUGGAAGUAAAGGAUUUGGAGUUAACUCCGUCAUCAAAAGUUUCAUUCCGUUCUAUUCGAGUGCCAAAUCCUUCAAAGGUCUCUAGAAACGGAACUCUUCCAAAACCAGCGCAAGUGGCACCAUCACAUUUGAAGAUCUCUGCCUUAUAA